AUGCAGUCCAAGGUUCGCAGCGCGUGCGAAGAAUGCCAUGAGCGCAAGAUUCGUUGUCUCUUGCCGUCAGAGGGAGGUGCUUGUCAGGCCUGUCUGACUUCCAAGCGCCAAUGCUACUUUCUCCCCCGCCAUAAAGCUGGUCGACCACGGAGGGGCAAUCGCCCCUUGUCUAGUCUGCCGGCCAGUCGACAUACCACUCCUGCGCCGAUACCCUGUCUGUCUCCCAGGAGUGACGGCGCCAACGCGGAAAGGAACAGGGCCAGGAACGAGGCUGCUCCAGAAAACACAUGGCAAUUGGAGGGUGCGACGCUGCCAGGGUCCUUUCUGGGUAACGGUACCUCUAGCGAUGGCCUCACCAUGCCGUCCGACCUUCACGCCUUUCCCAGUCCUCCCAUCUCCCAGUUUCCAAUGCUCCCCGACUACUUCUCUAUGGACGAGUCCAUCGGCGUCCGCGCCAUUUCACAAAGCACCGACCCAAGCGACAGCUCGUUAUCGUCGCCAGCGCGGGUUGUGAGCCCGCUGGUUCACGGGCACGAGGGCAGCCGCUUUCCCCGUAUAGUAUCGCCCAUGUGGCCGGAGAUGUCAGUCCCGCAGGCGGGUGACACUGAGAGCGUCGGUCUAGAUCGGUGGAAAAACAGCUCCGUGUCCUUUGCGACCCUGCUUGAGAAAUGCAGUGAGCUCGACUGCGCAUCGAAGGUGCUCAAAGAGCGCGACCAGCGGACAGGCAUUCACCUUCAUCUUCCUCCCAUUCUCCGCGCAAUUGACGCACUCUGCGACCAAUGUGCCGCCUUCAUCCACGAGCACCCGGCUCCUUGCCCCAAGGAAUCCCUGGACCCUGCCGUUCUGGCCUUGGUGAUUGCGGCCAAUUUCAAGGUCCUCGAAGUCUGCGCCUUGCUAGUAUCGCUGAGCGUCUCCAAUGUGCAGCGUCCGCAUGACCAGCUCCUGCUGAAACGCAUCGAUUUCAAUCUCACGCAGACCAAGAUCGCUCUGGUAGCGAUGAAGGAACAAGAGAUGACGUCGCCCUCAGUGUUCCAGACUGCGCUUGACCAGGGGGUGCGGAUUCAUCAGCAAAUCGUCUUGAUGACUGAGAGCUGA